AAUCAUAAAUUCAGACCCAUCACUGAAGUGGUUUCGUCAUAUAAGGAGGAGCUCAAUACAACACUGAAAUCAUUACAGGACAAACUAAAACACAAUAAAGAAAUGAAAGGAGAGUUUGAGAAAACAGUUGAACACAUCAAGUCUCAUGCUGAGCACACAGAGCGUCAGAUUAAACAGGAGUUUGAGAAGCUUCAUCAGUUUCUCAGAGAUGAAGAAGAAGCUACAAUCACUGCACUGAGGGAGAGGAGCAGAAGAAGCAGAGGAUGAAGGAGAAGCUGGAGGAGAUCAACAGACACAUCUCAGCUCUUUCACACACAAUCAAAGACACGGAGAAGAUGAUGAACACCAGUGACGUCUGCUUUCUGAAGGAGUUUCCAGUCUCAAUGGAAAGAGUCCAAAUCUCACAGCCGGAUCCACAGAUGCCUUCUGGAGCUUUGAUUUGUGUGCCGCGUUACUUGGGCAACCUGCCGUUCAGAGUCUGGAAGAAGAUGCAGGACGUCGUCCAGAACAAGGGUUUUAGCUCAGGAACACACUGCUGGGAUGUGGAGGUCAAACAGAGUUCAGUCUGGAUUCUUGGAGUAACUACAGCAUCAAACCAGAGGAAGGGACAGGAUUUCUUCAACACUGGUGUCUGGUUUGUGUAUCGGUACAAACGGCCUUUACGUUCUGGUUUUCGUGUUGAACAGGAUCUUGAUCGUGUGCGAGUGAAUCUGGACUAUGACGGAGGAACAGUGUCAUUCUCUGAUCCUGUAACUAACACACAUCUACACACAUUCACAACCACCUUCACUCAAACACUCACACCAUUCUUCUAUAAUUAUGAUGAUUCUUUCUCUCUGAGGAUCUUACCUGUCAAUAAUCUGUAGGUCUGGAUCUUCCUGCUUUCAUCUUUCAUCAUGUUUCAAUAUUUAAUACAGAUCACAUGAGUAAGAGACUGUUGAUCUGAACAUCAGAUCACAAAACAAGGACAUUUAUUCAUCUUUAAAAAUGAGAAAUUAUCAAAACACGUGAUGAAGGGUUCAAAUAAAUCAUCUUAAUCAUAUCUGACCAAUGACAAACAGUGAUGUGUCACAAAUGCUCUUGUUAGUGAUGUGUGUGUUUGUGUGUCUGAGAGAAACAGCAGCGACUCAAAACCGUUCACACUUUAAAACCACUUCAAACCACUUUCAGAGCGUCAGGCUGGACUUUCUCAAGACGACAUCAAAGAUUGUGUCUAAAUGUCUUCAUCUAGUUGAUGAUAAUAUCAUAUUGUUUGUAGUACUGCAGCACUGAAAGAGUCGAUUCAACACAUUUUUAGUGUAUGUUGUAAAUGAAUAAUUGUUUAUUUCUGUUCUAGAGAUGAAAUGAUCAUUUGUUUAUUGAAGUAAAUGGAUGUAAAAGGUUCUUGCUGAUCCACAACAAUGUUGAAUGAAAUAUGAAUAUUUAGUCUAGAAAUACUCGAUUCAGCUGUUUAUGAACUGAAAUCUCUGACAAAGUCUGAAUCAGUUUCACAACUAAUAUUAAUAAUCACUUGUAGAAACAAAUAAUGUGUGCUUUCAUGAUUUCAGUGUCAUUUUCAGAUUGACACAUUAAAUGUUUGUCAUGAUAAUUGGGGUUUACAUUGUGGUAAAAAGUCUGGGAAAUCUGAAUUUUUCAUUUAUUU